AUUGGCACGGGCAGAGUGGAGCGGGAAGGUGUGGUGAGGGGCAGACUCUUCAACUGGACCACCACGGACCAGCGACAGUAAGCUCCUCUCCUCCAUUUAAACUGAAACCGUGUGCUAUCUAUUACGAGCGGGUGCAUCAAAUGGAGACGAAUCACCGCAAUAGUCCAGUAUCGCCACCGCUGCCCCUGGCCAGGUGUUGGAUCAUAGACGAGGGACAUCGCUAAGGUGCGAGGGGGGAGAAAAACAAGACAACUGCUCGUUUGGUGUCAUCUCUUGUGCAUAUGAGCGAGAAGAUGCUGAGCCGCCUCAUGAGCAGUAGCAUCAGGAGCCUGGACCGUGAAUAUAACUGCACUGUGAGGCUGCUGGACGACUCGGAGUACACCUGCACGAUACAGCGGGACGCUAAAGGCCAGUACUUGUUUGACCUCAUCUGCCAUCACCUGAACUUGCUGGAGAAGGACUACUUUGGCAUCAGAUAUGUGGAUCCAGACAAGCAACGACACUGGUUGGAGUUCAGCAAAUCAAUCGCCAAACAAAUGAAGUCUCAGCCUCCGUUCACUAUGUGUUUGAGGGUAAAGUUCUAUCCACCAGAUCCCGCUGCCCUCAGAGAGGAAAUCACCAGAUACCUAGUCUUCCUCCAGGUGAAGAGGGACCUUUACCAUGGACGACUGCUUUGUAAAACAUCUGACGCUGCACUGCUUGCUGCAUAUAUAUUACAAGCGGAGAUUGGGGACUAUGAUCCUGGAAAACAUCCAGAGGGCUACUGUUCCAAGUUCCAGUUCUUCCCAAAGCACUCGGAAAAGCUGGAGCGACGCAUUGCAGAGAUCCACAAGACAGAGCUAAUAGGUCAGACUCCAGAAGUGUCUGAACUGAACUUCUUACGGAAAGCCCAGAUGUUGGAGACCUACGGAGUGGACCCUCAUCCCUGCAAGGAUGUCUCUGGAAACCCAGCUUUUCUGGCUUUCACUCCAUUUGGAUUCACUGUGCUGCAAGGAAACAGAAGGAUUCACUUUCUCACAUGGGAGGAGGUAACCAAACUAAAGUUUGAAGCAAAGACAUUUCAUAUAUAUGCAAAUCAGAAUGAGGACAGAAAGAUAAUAUUAACAUACUUUGCACCUACACCUGAGGCCUGUAAGCAUCUGUGGAAGUGUGGGGUAGAGAAUCAGGCUUUCUACAAGUUGGAGAAGUCCAGUCAAGUCCGCACUGUGUCAAGUAGUAAUGUCUUCUUUAAGGGUAGUCGUUUUAGAUACAGUGGAAAGGUUGCAAAAGAGGUCAUGGAACAAAGUGCCAAGAUAAAGAGGGAUCCUCCUGAAAUUCACAGGGCUGGGAUGGUCCCAAGCCGAAGCUGCCCAUCCAUCACCCAUGGACCUCGACUCACCAGUGUGCCGAGAACCAGGAGGAGAGCGGUGCAUAUCUCCAUUAUGGAAGGCCUGGAGUCGCUCCGUGACAGUGCACACUCAACACCCGUGCGCUCCGUGUCCCAUGGUGAAUCCUUCAUGUCCUCUCGGGGUCAUCUGGUGGAAAGGGGUGAAGCCAGUACAUCAGCUGUCAUCUCUGAUGAGACUUAUAGUCCCUCAGACAGUGUACUGCCAACACCCAUCGCUGAGCACGGGGUGGAAAUGCCUGCUGCUCGUCACCUCAAUGGUGCCCCCUGCAGUAUUGAUGAGGAGAAAGAGUCUGUUGCUGGGUCGUCCUCAGAGGCCCAGGCCACACAGACCAAAUCAGGGAGAAGAGUACUCCAAGCAGCGAGCACCAAAGCCACGACAAACAGCGAGGUAGAGGACCUGCAUAAGUUCAUCCUGAGCGUGCUGCGCUUGUUCUUGGUCACCAUCGGGCUGCUCUUCGCUCUUCUGCUGCUUCUCAUCAUGCUCACAGAGUCAGACUUGGACAUCGCCUUCCUCAGAGACAUCCGUAAGACUCCAGAGUUUCAGCAGUUCCACAUUGAGUACUUCUGUCCGCUGCGCCGCUGGUUUGCCUGUAAGCUCAGGUGGAUGGGUGGCUUCAUCAUCAGCAACUAGGGACAAAUAAUGUUUACUCUUACAAACUGUAAACAAUCAACAACCCUGUGUCAAAUCCAAUUUUACAAGAAAGACAUGAUGGCCUGCAGCCACUGGGCACGAGGGAUCUACUUAUUUUAUUACAUCAGAAAUAAUAAUAUUGAAGCUCACAUUUUACUUUUAACAUUUUGGUGAAUUUAAAGUAUUUUAUUUUUUCACUGUCAUAAGAUAAUAUUUAAUUUUAUCACAGAAAGCUGUCUAAAAUAGUUGCCUUUAUUUUUGUAAUAAUUCAUGUUUUUUGUGUUGAGUCGUGUGUCUUUUAAAGACAUUACGUUUGAAUGAAUGCUGUUCGAGUGUUUGUGGGUUACAAACAAAUAUGAAACUGAUAGUUCUAGUAAUUACUCAUGGUAGACAUUUUAUUGUUAAGUACUUAGUUUUAUGUGUAGUUAUAAGCCCAGUAUAAAGGUAGCACAUAAAUCGCCAACCUUUGAUCUUUUAACUUUGCUUUGUACAGAAAUAGGCAAUGCAGGUAGUUUUUGAGAAGUAGCAGUUAAGUGCUAAAAACACAUCACUUUGUCUCUCAUUUGAACAUUUUCAAAUAUAUUCUACAGUAUUUUUUAUUAUUUACAUCAAACUGAAACAAUUUUGUUUAAUUUAUAAAGCACAUAAAACUUAUUUCCGAACAAUAGCUGUUAUCUUUGCAUUUACUUGUAUAGGCUUUUGUUGAGCAAUGAGCCAUUGUCUUAGACUCCUUUACAGUUCAGUGGCAUCAUGUAAUAAACUCUUUUACAGUGAUAUAGUCACAAGCCUUUUUACUCACAUACACGUGAGUAUAGCCUAAGGAAAAUGUGUUUACAUCCUGCUGCAGUCAUCGUCAUGCCGACCAAAGAAAAUGCUGGGCACAACACACAGGUUUUAAUAUUAGUGCAUCAUUUAUUGUUUCUCAGUUUUGUUGUAAAACCGAAUUAAAAUGGGUUAUAUAAUGUAUAAGGAUGGUUGCUCCCAUAUUCAAAGUAUUACUUCAUACAGUACUGUAGUUUGCAUUGUGGCUAUGUCAGCUACACUGAGAACCAUUAUUUCAAAUGUUAAAAUCCAAAGCUACAUGGUUUAAUGUACAGUGCCUACCAUAUGUAUUGAACUAUCACGUGUCAUUUUGAAAGCUAUAACAAACAAAUUCUGUGGUUGUACCUCAUGUGAAAGCCUACUGAUAGGAAUUAAUAAAACUUUCAUGUGGUGCUGCAUGGUUUCAAUGAAAUGUAGUGACUCAA